UUCCUAAGUAAGCGUGGAUGGGAUUUACAGCGCACUCUCUGCAUGUUUCUCCAGAUGUUUAACCCCACUGAGUGCCCUGGAAGUUACACCCAAACAAGUGUGGAUAGUAGGGUUGUAGCCGUAGCUGGCUGACUAAGGUGGGUUCCUGAAGCAAACGGCAAGUGGCGGCUACGCUCGAUUAAUUAACUCAACAGCAAGAAGAGAGUGUCUGGCAGCUUGUGCGUAUGUGGUGUGGUCGUGAAAGCGCUGAAGAAAAAAAAGUGAGCUGAACACGAAAGCGGGAGGAACUCAUCUCGUUUCAUUCGUUCUCCUGCGGCGGCACAAGAGCUGAGCCACGCCAGGCCUUCGGGACACCGAUGAGGCUUUUGCGACUGUGAGGCAACGGCCAGGAGACGACUCAGAAGGAGGAGGUGCUUUCAGCGGCCGUCAUUUCCGCCGUGUUGAAAGAGUUCCUAGCUAAAGCCAAAGAAGAUUUUUUAAGAAAAUGGGAAAGCCCCCCUCAGAAUACCGCUGGUUUAGAUGACUUUGAGAGGCUAAAAACACUUGGAACGGGAUCAUUUGGCAGAGUCAUGCUGGUGAAACACAAAUCCACUGAACAGUAUUAUGCCAUGAAGAUACUGGAUAAACAAAAAGUGGUUAAACUGAAGCAAAUAGAACACACACUGAAUGAAAAGAGAAUAUUACAAGCAGUGAACUUCCCUUUCCUUGUCAGACUGGAGUAUUCUUUUAAGGAUAAUUCUAAUUUAUACAUGGUUAUGGAAUAUGUUCCUGGGGGUGAAAUGUUCUCACAUCUAAGAAGAAUUGGAAGGUUCAGUGAACCUCAUGCACGAUUUUAUGCAGCUCAGAUAGUGCUAACAUUUGAGUACCUCCAUUCACUAGACCUCAUCUACAGAGAUCUAAAACCUGAAAAUCUUUUAAUUGAUCAACAAGGAUACAUCCAGGUCACAGAUUUUGGGUUUGCAAAAAGAGUAAAAGGCAGAACCUGGACGUUAUGUGGGACUCCAGAAUACCUGGCACCUGAAAUAAUUCUCAGCAAGGGCUACAACAAAGCGGUGGAUUGGUGGGCCUUAGGAGUUUUAAUUUAUGAAAUGGCAGCUGGAUAUCCUCCAUUCUUUGCAGAUCAACCAAUCCAGAUUUAUGAAAAAAUUGUUUCUGGAAAGGUACGAUUCCCAUCACAUUUCAGUUCAGAUCUUAAGGAUCUACUAAGAAAUUUACUCCAGGUAGAUUUGACCAAACGAUAUGGAAAUCUCAAGAAUGGGGUAAAUGAUAUUAAAAAUCACAAAUGGUUUGCAACUACAGAUUGGAUUGCCAUUUAUCAGAGAAAGGUAGAAGCUCCAUUCAUACCAAAAUGUAGAGGCCCUGGAGAUACCAGCAACUUUGAUGACUAUGAGGAAGAAGAUAUCCGUGUGUCUCUAACAGAGAAAUGUGCAAAGGAAUUUGCUGAUUUUUAGUACUUACCGGAGGAUAAGAGGACAUCAGGGCUCACAUUGGGAUCUUUGCACUCUGUUAACUCAUGAGGGUGGAGCUGAGACCAUCAUAUGUCAAAACAAUUACCUAGUUACUUCAUUCCACAAAGCUGACUGAGGUCUUUAUUGCCAUCUUCCAUGUGUGCGGUUUGCACCAACCCUUAUAACUAGGCACAAUUAAGCAAGCACGGUUUGUGCUAUAACACAGAAUAUAGACCACUUUUUCCUAACUUCCUUUUGGUUUCUGUCAUUUUCUUUGUUUUCUGUGUAUUGUUCAUUUCCCCUCUGUUCUCUUCUUCCCCCACUUUCAAAAUUAAGUAGCCUUUUACUUUACCCAAGAAUGCUCCAUUUUAUUUUCAAUAAUGUAUUUGCGCAAAUGAAACUGAAGGUGUUCUGGCUAGUGUGAGUUAGACUGAAGUGAAGAUAAGUGUUGCUUCUAGUCUGUGCCAGCCAAUCCUUCUGUGUCUGUCUUUGUGUCUGAGACGACGGUUCAUAGGUUUGUAUUUUUUUUUAGUAGCUCAGACUGAAUCUAGCCAACAACAUUAGCAUUUUUGAAGAUAGUAUUUAUCGCCAUAUGAGUGUAUGCUAACUGACUUAAACACAUCUUCCUGGAAACUGACCAAAUUUAGCAUCAAAAUUGGACAGUUGAUGUAGGGUAUAGUAGCUAGACCCUGUGCCUUGGUUUUCUACAUGCUGGCAGUUCUUCUCCCUGCCUCGUAUUUCUUUUUCCUUUCCUGGGCAGUAGGUAAAUAUGCCAUAAGCAAACUGUGCCAUAAGAAGCACAGUCUCAAUAAGCAUCCAGCCUGGACUUUGGACCAUAUUUAACCAUGCUUAAGUAGCUAUUUAAAUGGUUUUUUUAACAGCUUAAAACCCAAAACACUUAAAAGAUUUGGUCAGUAUUGUCAGAGACUAGGACUGGUGGUGGUUUUUGGUUGUUGUUUUUUUGGUUUUUUUUGUAAUGUCAAUGUUGGGGCUCCUGAAGUAUUUCACAUUUCAACCCCUUUUUAUUGAAGGGGGAAAGCAUUUUUUUUAAUCUCUUUAGCUAUGAGAAUAAAUGGUUUAGCAAAUUGAAAAUUUAGUAUUAAAAUAUUGAUGCAUUGCUAGAUAAACCUGGUAUUUCUGUUAGCUGUGAAGAAUAAAAGAAGUAAAUGCCAAGUUUUUAUUCUGGUAUACUAUAUUAGUAAAUCAAGGAUGGACUGCUGCUCCAAUCAUGGUUCUUAUCAGCAGCACUUCAUUCGCAUGGAAAAAAGGCAAAAGUUUCAAACUGCCACCAUCUGUGACGUGGUGUCUUCAUUUCUAACAUACUUUUCUUUCAGUGAAAUGGAAUGUACGAUCACACAGAGAAUCGUUUGGGUUGAAUUACGUUUUUAUAAUCUCACCAACUGACUUAAAAGGGUUUUGCUGCCAUGUGCUAGCUUCCAGCACUUUUACACACACUUAUUUCAGUGUUUGUUAACAAUCAGUGGCUCAGCACAUCUUGUGCUUUUAAAUUUAUCCAUACAGCUUUUUAGUUGGGCACUCAAUUUCUGGUUUAUCUCAGUGACCUGUCUGAAGAUGGCACAUCAGUAUGUUUAAAAUAAACUAGGCUCUUCAUGUUUUAUGAUCAAUUUACAUGCAUACAAGGAUGAAGUGUUUUUAUUAAACUGGUCUAGAUUGCUAUGUAGUCAUGGUGUUCUGUAGAAUGCCAAUGCAGAUGAGACCAUUGGCAUUGCUUUCUUUUAAUCUUUAUGACACUCCUUUCAGAAAAAUCUCUGUAGGCAUUUUGCGGAAUAAGAUGUACCAUACAACUUUCUGUUAUGUCUUUAAGUUGUCAAGCAGUUUUGCACAUCUUCAUUGUUAGGAGUCUGUUUGCCUUCGUUGUCCACCCCUGUCUACGUAUGUGCAAGAUAAGCAUACGAUACUUCGCAGUAGCAAAUUUUAUGUAAUAAAUAUAUUGUCACAUUAAUAAAUUUAAAGAAAUUUGUAUGAAAAACGUUACAAUCUUUUGUAUUUCAUCUAGACUGAGGACAUGCUGUUGUAUGCUAGCUGUAUGCGAUAAAUUCUACAGUAACUUUGUUGUUUAUGGACGUUAAAGAAUUUAAUAAAUGCUGGAGAUCACUUUUUUGAUUCUGUUAUGAAUUUUAGCCAACGGAGUGAUCGGAUGACACAUGCGACAUGUGUCUUCUCUAAAAUAGGUAGUGAGACUUCACUUUGGAUGUAUGUUAAGGAAUGCAAGAGGACUGAUUCCAGCAUGUCUGAAAACUCAACUCUAGGUGGACAUAUUUUUGAAGUACCCUUUUAAUUUCUUUGAUUUAUGCUUAUUUAACUAACGUAUCAGAAACAGAAGGUAAAAAUAAAUCUUAAAAGAGUAAUAGACUGGAAAUAAAGGGUUUGGGCAAAAGUCAAGGAGGCCAUUUACAAAGAGUACAAACUUGGCAAUAUGUUACAUGGCUCUGUCAUUUUAAAAACACAAAGUAAAAACCACAAGAUCAUGAUGCCUGUAUUUAAUUUCAAAAAUCCUUUCCAUCACUCAAAUACUGUAUAUUUGACAGUAGAGACUUGUUAAUUUUACACAAUUUGAGGAAUUAAGUGUUGGACUGUAUGGUAUCUUUUAACUGUACUCUAGUUGUAUGUAGCUCUCAUUUUCAACAUAAAGGAUUGUAUCUCAUUAAGUAAAUAGCUUCUUUUAUUUUCUUGUCAGCUGCAUUAAAACCCUUAUUUUUAAAUUCUGUAAGUAUUUUA